GUUAACAAGAUUGCUUAUUCCAGCAAUGGUUGAAAGGUGGGUUGUUUUUGUAGUUUCUGAUGUUGAUAGCUUAACCUGCCUCGCCGCGUACAGAGACAAGCGAAUUGGCCCAUUUGCCGAGAUGUCAUUUCAAAUAUAGGUAUAUUAUAGCCUGGUACAAUUUCCCCCAUAUAUUAACACUCGUUAGCAUGGCUUGCCGCGGGAUGACUGUAUGAAGAGAUGCAGCCGCGAACUAUUGUUAAAAGAACCAAACAAUUUUGGAAAGGGGGAUUGCAAUUUCCUCAGAGAGUAAACACAUGGCAGCUAGAAUCUCGUUUGACGGGCAAGCACGGUUCAUUUAACAUCCCAUAACACGAUAGAUGGAAGGUCUUGUUAAAUUAAUCAAAUGGGUUAUUUAUACCUUCAUAUUGUUGUUGGUUUUCUGUUUAGGAAAAAAGGAGUGAUCAUAAAUGUUGCAUCAUUCGCUGCUACUACUUUUUUCCCUCUUACUGGAACAUACGCUGCAACAAAGGUACUGGAUCACUUUGAAAACUGAAUUACUUGUCAGGAGCUGUGUAACACUGCCGAAAAAGGUCUGUACAUGCGCGGGAACUGAGUGUGCACAACGGCAAAGUUAAAUUCCGAUUUCUAAACCAAAAACGUCUGAUCAAGCAAAUUUUAAACAAGGAACCUACGUCACAAUAAUGUGUUUUUGGUAGCGUCCUGCUGCAACAUAAAUACUUAACAAAUAUUAAUGUAUGUAUAAGUAUAAGCAACUAUGCAUGGUAAUAUGAUAAGUAUAUAUUUUACUGCAAAUAUAAAAUAAAUAUAACAUGCACUAGUCAGAUUUCUUUGUUCAGUUCAUGCCAGUCAUAAAGAAUUAUAAUGGCAUACAUUUCUGUAAAGUUUGGAUAUGGUAAGGCAUUGAGUCAUUUGCUCUGAAUUCAAAUGAGAAAAGUAUAAUAAUUGCAAAUUAACAAUUAAUAUUCAUUAAUAUACAGUAUGGUCUCGAAUAACAGUAUUUAAUCUUUUAUAAUAUAGGCUUGUAUGGAUAAAUUUUCUGAAUCUCUUCAGAUAGAGUAUGCUGACAAAGGCAUCAUUGUACAGGUAAAGAGCAGUUUUAGUGUACCUAACAGUUAUCAAAAUUUCGAUAAAAGGCAGGCUUUGAUAAAAUGUUCUCCUUCCUGGCAGCAGCGUUUUUUUUUCAGAACGUUUUUGCUUCUUUGGAUUUUUUCUGUUCUUUCCCAACGUUCCCCUUCACUUUUUUAAUGGCCCGUCUCUAAAGUGUUAUCAAACCUAAAAUGGAUAUAGCAAAAAUGUAUGUGGGGUGAUGUGGGUAUCACAUGAUGAAAAGCCAGAUUUAAAAUUGCUUUAAGUACUAUUUAAAGCACGCGUAGGAGUGUUUUAUCACAUAUAAAACACGACGCGUAGCGGAGUGUUUUAUAUGUGAUAAAACACGACUACAAGUGCUUUAAAUGGCUUCAAAAACGACUCAUCUUAUACGAGUUCAUUGACAUUGGCGAAGUAAUUUUUAAAAUAAACUUUGUCUAAACCGAGAAAAUCAAAGCUAAAGUUUAUGUAAAUUAACAUGAUUUUUUAUCACAUAUAAAACCACGACACUCUUAUGAUUUUUCUUUGUGUUUUCCUCCUGAAUUAUUAAUGAGUUUUUGAAGCUGUCUUAAUGCUGGUUUAAAUACUGAUUCAAACACGCACGCGUGGGUGCGAAAGGUGAGAAAGCCAUUAUAAUAUAGUCUUUCAGGCUCCUACAUUGUAUACGGUAUAUAGAUUAAAUUAAUUUCAGAUUAACUGGAAAACGUACUUAUUACGAAGAUAAAAAUAAGAAUACGAAGAUCUAAAAUAUAAAACAAAACCAUUUUAUGUAAAUUGUCAACUUUUUCCUAAAAUUGUGUGCCAAGAGGGCUACUUUUGAUGUCCGUUUCAUUCUUAUACAGUGUGUAUUGCCAUUGUUUGUUGCAACAAAGAUGAGUGGUAUGAAGACAACGUUGUUUUGUCCUACUCCAGAUGACUACGUACCUAGUGUGUUGAAGAAAGUUGGAGUAGCCAAGAGAUGUUUUGGUUACUGGGCUCAUGAAUUACAGGUAAGUGAAAGGCUGCGGGUAUCCGGGUACCACACGUGAGUAAGGUUUACCAUAUGUUAGGUCAUUGAAGAAGGUUGAAUGUGGAACACUCUACCCAACACUAACACCAUAAACUAAACAAGUAAAUGAUACUUGACUAGGCAGGUUGAGAUUGGCAGGAUGCUGAUGUUAUGCUGGUACAAUAAUUAUGUGGUACAACAUUUCCUAACGCUGGCAAUAGCAGCUUUCUGGGGACCGAUCAAAAUCCAUUACGUUCAGUCGUGACCAAUGAGAACCUAGUAAGAAAUAGGAAUAAGAAGCCGAUUUGAUGACAUCAUUUAUAUUAAUAUUUUGCCAUUUGAAAGAGGCAUAAUUCACAUUAUUUUGAGGAAGGUUUGAAAAUUUAAAUUUUACUCGGUGGAAGUUGAACAUUUUUUGCAACUUUGAGUGAAAGAUAUCCUAUCCAUAUCGGGAUAAUAUAUACUGUACUUUAUUAUAUAAUUUAUAAAGCACAACAAUUUAAGAAAGAUGCUCCGAACAAAGACAGUGCAUGAUUGCCGAAAAUUUGACACAGGAACACGAACAUAUUUAUAGACACCCAGGAAUUAAGGGUGGGGCAAUUAAUCUGGGUCUUGUGAAGUUUAGCAACGCCAAAUGUUUGCUUGCUGUUCAUGGCUACUCCAGUGAACUCAUUGUAUUUAUACUGGAACGAUAACCUUCCAGGAAACUUUUUUUAGCCAAAAUAAAAUGCCUACGCCAUCAAACAUGGUUGUUUUCACAACGGACCAAAUAAGUCGAACAAAUAAACUAUUAAAUAACCCGCUUUAAUCGAUUGCGAAAUUAUAUUUUCCACCUAGUUUUCUUUCUGUAAUCUUUCUUAGGCAGUUGGAAAGGUAAUAAUACUUCGUUUACUUGCAAAUAAUACAAAACUAAGAUUGAGGUACUGACCGCGCAGUAAAAAAUUGUGAGGGACUGAACUACAUAUUAAAGAUAAACCAGAUAAACCAUCUUGAUGUUCGUGUGCGCACUUUAUCGCCUGCCUUAUCACAAAUUGCGAACGCGAGAUGACAUGUGGCGACACUUACUGAAAAAAUGGCGGCAACACAGUGCCAGUGAAAUGAAUAUAAUUGGAACGCUACCGUCAGAUAAAGUCCCCAUGUUUGCCUGAAGCCAAAUCUGACCCCCAGUCACGCGUCUGCACAGCUUCAAUCUGAUUGGCUUGGAAAUUAUGCGAUUUAAGCUCAAGAUGACGUGAUUAUUGCUCAAAAUAGUGCGAUUUGGGAAUUAAUCGCACAAUUUUUCACCAAUUGGCUUGCUAGAAAUGCCAUUGAUUGUUAAAUUAAUAGAAUAAAUCUUGUUAUAGCAUGGCUCUCUCACGCUCGAUUGCUUUGUACAGUAGUUAUUUCAGGGAGCCAACGCCUUUUCAAAUUGUAAAUAUUUAUUCCGUUGUUGUUGUUGUUGUUGUUGUUGUUGUUGUUGUUGUUGUUGUUGUUGUUGUUGUUGUUGUUGUUGUUGUUGUUGUUGUUGUUGUUGUUGUUGUUGAUUACUGAGCUAGUGUACUUCGUUGCUAGGGGCGAGGGGAUAAAAAACUGGAGAUUAUCUAUAGUGCGAGCUGCGAGUUGCGAGUUGCGAGUUGCGAGCUGCGAGUUGCGAGUUGCGAGCUGCGAGUUGCGAGUUGCGAGUUGCGAGUUGCGAGUUGCGAGUAUAUUGUUAAUUUCUAAUAACAUCGGGUUUAAUUUUAACCCAGGGUUAACACUAACCUAGCUUUGAAGCACCGAACCAGGUGUUUACACCUGUGGUUUACACUAAAAAUUCAAAUUGAAAACUGUAUGGCAUCCUGGCGGAUGUGAUUUUAGCUUUGUCUCAAUUUGGCGCCAAUUUUCAGCUUUUGAAAUAAACAUUCAUUGCAUUUAUUUUUAUACUUACAAACUUGUAAAUAGCAAUCGUUUUGAUAUACUGAUGGUUUUUUCCCGUGUUUAGAUAAAGUUUAUGUAUGUAUAUGUAUGUCUAUGUAUAAAUUGUAUAAAAUAAAUUGUACUUCCGAUGAAAAGGACUUGAGUUUUAUAGGGUUCCCAGCGUUCAGUAUAUAUAAACAAACUGAGUCGGUGUCUGGUCAUCCUUACUAAUAAAAUUAAAUAACCAUUUUAAGAUUAGAAAGCACAAAAUGGUCUGGAUAACUACUAGAUUUUAUUAAACACAGAAACGGCAAAUAUAAACUUGCACUUUUAUUUUCAAUAUAAUUAUUUUAAUUCUUGAACAUACGUAUCGAUGGAUCUAACAAAGUAAAAAACAAGUAAAGGCCGAUUUUUAUCUCGUCCGUAUCGUAGCAUUUUCUUUUGUGUCGAAGUCUUAGUUACAGGGACCUUAACUUCGAAGGUCAUUAUAUUUAUGAAACAAAAAACCCUUCGACUUUGCCUUCCAUGUCGUCCAUAUUAAUAUACUUUCAAAGCCUAAUUCAAAGCGAGGCUAGCGACUCGCAACUCGCAACUCGCAGCUCGCAAAAUAGCCGACCCCAAAAAACUGUGACAAUAUGAAUUUGUCAACUAACAUAGUUUUCUCUUUAGGGAUUUAUAAUACUUUCACUUCCCCGAUGGCUAAUUACAAGAUCAGCACUUGAUGCCGUGUCACGUCAUCAAAAAAUAUCAUCACAAACAACAAAUGAAAAGAAAGAAAAAUAGAUUGCGGUGCAGUUUGAUGUGUUUAAUAUAUGUUUAGAGUACUACAUACACAAUAUUUUGGAUAACCAAUAAUGUAAGGAUGGGGAGCUACAGGUACUUGUAUUUUGUUGGUAAACGACUGCCAGGAACGACGAAGAGGUUAGGGCUUUUAAAAGUGUAUUAAUAGCACUACUGCAUGUAUAUGUAAAGCCUGCCGCGCACGAGAUCAUUUGGCUGAGCUAAUUGUCAACCAUGGAGGAUUUUCCCUCACUGUCUCGCGUGUCAGAUUCCGCAGCAAAAACCGUGCGCACACGAUAGCCUUUAGCUAAGCUAUUGCCACGCGUGGCGAUUAGGGCAGCCAAAAUCUCUCGUGUGCGACAGGCUUAAUAGUGUUUGACACUAUGUGACAAUAAUUAACACUACAGUAUAUAUGAUUCGAUUUUCAAAAGUGGAGUCAAACCAUCUGCUGAACAGUUGUUUUUGAGCUUACCAAUAGCUUUGGCUAUGUUUACAGUGUAUCAGUUAGGGGUCGCGUUGUUCGUCCAAGUGUAAAACAGAUUCCUAUGAGCACGAUAUAGAUAAACAGGUGGGAAAAUUGUUUGAGCAUGCGCGAAAACUGCGCGUGUAUUGUACGGGACAAGAUAUACAUGUAUGUGUUUCCACUUGGUUGAUUUGAAAACAAUAACAACAUGAAGGAAGGCUUCGAAAGACAACGCAGCUACUGUUUGAAGCCACAAAUCACCACAAAAAAAAUUGGAUUAACUGAAAAAAUGUUGCAGUAAUACUUUAGAUUUCCUCUAUUGCCGCAAUUUUUACAUUGUAAAUUAUUAAUAUAAUUUAUUUCAGUGCAAAACAAAGCAGAGCAAAAUAAUGAAAUUCAAACAAAGGAAUAUCCCAACACUUCUAGAAUUUUACACAGCCAAAAAUUUAACACCGACUUGAAAAUGCUUUUCAAAUGUAUUUCAAAACGGCGAAAAUUUCGUGGCACAACCUGUACCAUGAUAAAUUCAUGUUUAUAGAAUAUUGAACGAGCAAAAAUUGUGUUUGAAAAGAAUACACAAUUUACGUUUUGAAAUAAGGGUGGUAGAAAAGUGCGAUUACUAUACAUCUUUAUUCUGUUGCUCAUUUUCUGGGUAGCAUUCAUUGUACAAAUUACAUUUGCAUAUGAAAUUUGCCAACUUUUUUCUCAAUAUUUUGGGAGUUUUCAUUCUAUUGGAAAAAAACUAGAAAGAAAAUCACAUCUUGUGACCUAAUAACAUUUUUUAUGGCACAAAAUGUCAAGCCUCAGACAAGUACAAUCUUUACAUAGUGCCUUGCCAUUCUAGGGGGUCUCUCGGGCUUUUUAGGGAACAAGACAUAUUUUGCAAUGAGAACAAGGGAAAAUUGUGAAAUCUUGGUGGAGACUCUCCUAGGAGACCCUCAUUCUUGGAGUAACCUAUAAUAAGGCAACAAUGCGCCCUAGCAUGCUCUUGAUUAGGGAGUUUAAGCUUCACGUUUCCGGGAACGGCAAACGGUAGGUUCGAACUUUCUUGGCAAAAUUUUCGUUGAACGUUUUCGUUUCAUAUUUUCUUUCUUGCGUCGAAGGAAUAAUUAUGUAUUUCAGUUUUAAACCAGCAAGUUCAUUUACUCUGUAUUGCUCGAUACCGUAAAUUUUUUCUUUGCCUGGCGUUUGCCGUUCGAUGUUAACGCGAAGCUUAAACUGUCUAUUAGAAUAUUACUAUUUUAAACACGAAAAAAAGGGGCGGUGGUAUUGGUUAACAGGCUUACCAAUCAAUCCAUUCCAUUUUAAUUACUAAGGCAAAUGUGGUCAAAGCAUUAUCUAACAGUAUUAUAUUUAAGGUUACAGAACACCUUUGAGUGUUAAUUUUGCCUAAAAUUUUUUUAUUGGUUUCAAUGAAAGCAUUAGACUAGUUCUACUAUCUGACCAAGUUUGAACGAAAAAUGUUGAAAACUCGCAGAGUUAUUUAAUAAAAUACAUUUCGCUGCAAUAAGAAAAACAUUGAAAAUGUAAUAUUCAAAUUCUAUUUUCUCACGAAAAAUUUUACGGUAAUUACUGAUUUUCAAACGAGUUGUGCUCCUGCGGGGUUUAACCAAUUUUUCUCAAAUUUUCACAGGGCAUAGCUAAAUACGUCAGUUUCAAAAUUGUGUUCGGCUUUUUUUAAAUUUUGGAUAUUUUAAAAAUAAAGAGCAAUUCACUCAAACAAUUCAGAAAUAUAUUGCAGUCGUCAAAGAAAU